UUUGCGGCCACACUGGUCACAACACGUUGCACUGCUCGAAACAUAUUUAGUUUUUUGCUAGUGCCACGAUUUGAAUAAAGAAAUUGUUCUAAACAAUUACGAAUUUCAUUGAGAACUAAACCAUGGCCACAACCGAACGGAAGGGCACCUUUAAGGUGGAGUACCUGCAGAAGAUCGAGCGGGAGGUGCAGCAGCGAUGGGAGACGGAGCGGGUGCACGAGUCGGACGCACCGACGGCGCCAAAGAAGCGGCAGGCGGAGAAGUUCUUCGUGACCUUCCCGUUUCCGUACAUGAACGGUCGCCUCCACCUGGGCCACACCUUCUCCCUGUCGAAGGCGGAGUACUCGGUGCGGUACCAUCGACUGAAGGGACGGCGCGUCCUCUGGCCCUUCGGAUUCCACUGCACCGGCAUGCCCAUCAAGGCGUGUGCGGAUAAGCUAACCCGCGAGCUGGAGCAGUUCGGCUUUCCGCCACAGUUCCCCGAGACCGAGGAAGUGGUUCCUGUUGCCGUUGAGGCCGCAUCCGAGGUGCCCAAGGACAAGUCCAAGGGAAAGAAGAGCAAAGCGGUAGCCAAAACCGGCGCUGCCAAAUACCAAUGGCAAAUCAUGAAGAGCCUCGGACUGAAGGACGAGGAAAUCAAGGACUUUGCCAAUGCCGAGCACUGGCUUAACUACUUCCCACCGCUGGCGGUGCAGGAUCUCAGGCGCAUCGGCGUGCACGUGGACUGGAGGCGUACAUUCAUCACAACGGAUGCCAAUCCCUAUUUCGACUCGUUCGUGCGCUGGCAGUUCAACCACCUGAAGGAGCGCGGCAAGAUCAUGUACGGCAAGCGGUAUACCAUAUACUCGCCCAAGGAUGGGCAGCCGUGCAUGGACCACGAUCGCUCCUCUGGCGAGGGAGUGGGUCCCCAGGAGUACACUCUCAUCAAGAUGAAGGUUCUGGAAGCGCCCAAGGCGUUGAGCUCCAUCACGCAGCCAAUUUUCAUGGUGGCCGCCACUCUGCGUCCGGAGACCAUGUACGGGCAGACCAACUGUUGGCUGCAUCCCGACAUCAAGUAUAUCGCCUGGCAGUCCAGCAAAAACAACGAAGUGUGGAUCAGCACUCGUAGGGCUGCCAGAAAUAUGACUUACCAGGGAUUCACUGCCGUGGAAGGUGAUGUUAAGGUGUUGGCUGAGGUAACUGGUCAAGAUCUGCUUGGAGUUCCCCUUUCGGCUCCUCUGACCCCGCACAAGAUUGUCUACACCUUGCCCAUGCUGAGUAUCAAGGAGGAUAAGGGAACUGGCGUAGUCACAUCAGUCCCCUCCGAUUCCCCUGACGAUUACGCCGCUUUGGUGGAUCUCCAGAAGAAGGAGGCAUUCCGCCAGAAAUAUGGACUGACAGAUGAAAUGGUACUGCCUUACGAGCCCAUUCCCAUCAUCGAAGUGCCUACGCUGGGCAAACUGAGUGCCGUCCAUGCCUACGAAACCCUUAAGAUUCAAUCACAGAACGACAAGGAUAAGUUGGCUGAAGCUAAGGAAAUGUGCUAUCUGAAGAGUUUCUAUGAUGGCGUAAUGUUGGUUGGUGAAUUUGCCGGCCGCAAGAUUCAGGAUGUGAAGAAGGAUCUGCAGAAACGUUUGGUGGAUGCUAACGAAGCGGACGUCUAUUACGAACCGGAGAAGACCAUUAUGUCUCGUUCGGCUGACGAGUGCGUGGUAGCUCUAUGUAACCAGUGGUACCUCAACUACGGCGAGCCAGUAUGGCAGGCCCAGGCCAUCAAGAUCUUGCAGGACAUGGAAACCUUCCACGACGAGGCGCGCAACAAUUUUGAAGCCUGUCUGAACUGGCUGCACGAGUACGCCUGCUCCAGAACUUAUGGUCUAGGAACCAAAUUGCCUUGGGACGACAAGUGGUUGAUUGAAUCCCUCUCGGACUCCACCAUAUAUAUGGCCUUUUAUACCGUGGUGCACCUGCUGCAGGGUGGCACUUUCCGCGGCGAGAAACCAGGACCUUUUGGCAUCAAACCGUCCGACAUGACCGACGAAAUCUGGGACUAUGUCUUCUUUAAGGAAACUCCACUGCCCAAAAAGACAGCCAUUAAACAGGAACAUCUUGCAGUUCUGCGUCGCGAGUUCGAGUACUGGUAUCCGAUGGAUCUCCGUGUUUCUGGCAAAGAUCUCAUCCAAAACCACUUGUCCUUCUGCUUGUACAAUCACGCUGCCAUUUGGCCCAAUGAUGAAAACAAGUGGCCCAAGGGAAUGCGUGUUAAUGGUCACCUGUUGCUGAAUUCUGCCAAGAUGUCCAAGUCGGAUGGUAACUUCCUUACUCUCACCGAAGCUGUGGACAAAUUCUCUGCCGAUGGCAUGCGUCUUUGUUUGGCUGAUGCUGGCGAUAGUGUGGAGGAUGCCAAUUUCGUGGAGAGCACCGCGGAUGCAGGUAUCCUGCGUCUAUACACGUUCAUUGAGUGGGUCAAAGAGAUGUUGGACACCAGGAGCAGCCUGAGGAAGGGCACAGAUAAGACCUUCAAUGAUCAGGUUUUCCUGAGCGAACUCAACUUGAAAACGCAGCAAACCGAUGAGAAUUACCGAAAGAUGUUGUUCAAGGAGGCUCUGAGGAGUGGCUUUUACGAACUGCAGUUGGCCAGGGACAAGUACAGGGAGCUGUGUGGCGCACAAGGAAUGCACGAAGAUUUGGUACUGGAGUUCAUUCGCAGACAAGCUCUUUUGGUAUCCCCUAUUUGUCCUCAUAUGGCGGAGCAUGUCUGGGGACUGCUCGGUAACAAGGAGUCCAUUGUUCAUGCUCGGUGGCCGGAAGUUGGAGCCAUCAACGAAAUCGAUAUCCUGUGCUCGGAGUACCUCAUGGAAGCCGCUCACUCGUUCCGUCUGAACCUCAAAAACAUGCUGCAAGUGAAGGGCAAGGCCGGAAAAGAUAAGUCUGUGAAUGUGCAGACAGAGAAACCGAAUCGAGGCCUCGUUUGGGUGGCUAAGACCUAUCCUCCUUGGCAGUGCUGUGUCCUCGAUACCAUGAAGGAGUUGUUCAACAAAUCGCAGGCCCUUCCAGAUAACAAAGUCAUUGCCGCUACACUGCAGCAGAAGGCUGAGUUAAAGAAGUUCAUGAAACGAGUGAUGCCCUUUGCCCAGAUGAUUCGCGAAAAGGUGGAGUCCGGCAAGGGUGUGGCUGCAUUGGCCGUCACUUUGGAGUUCGAUGAGCGUCAGGUGUUGAUCAGCAAUUUGGAGUACCUGAAGAACACACUAGAUCUUGAUGUCUUGGAAGUUAAGUAUACCGAUGAUCCAUCGGCGCCAGAGAAAACGCGCGAGGAAGUUCGUCCCGGCUCCCCCUUCAUUAGUUUUUCUGUUGCACCAAAUGUGAGCGUUGAGCUGACGAACCCUGUCGAGCGUUCAUCGCUUUUCCAGGUGAACACUGUCAUUUCCGAGGGAGAUACGGUGCAAUCUCUGCGUGAAAAGCUCUCCAAGAUCAUUGGACUUAAAACGGAUGCGGCUAACCUACAGAUCUGGCGGUACGAGGAUCCCGUUCUGGGGCCCAGAAAAAUUCCCAACUUUGAGGAUUACAAAACAGGAAAGACUGUCCUCAGCGAUGGAAACUUCGUUCUGGAUGUGGAGAACAAGAAAGUGAGCGUGGAGCAGGCUGGAAAACUGACCGAAGUGGGUAGGAAUCUGAUCUAUCUUGUGGAUUAAGUCGAACUGCAUCACAAGCCCAACUAAUUUAUUCAUAGAAUAAAAUUGAAAUGUUGUAAAACAAAUCCAUGGUUAUUAAAAUGUACUGUGAGCUGCUUGUGCCCAAUUUAACUUACGAUAGAUUAUGGUAUCAAAUAAAUUCCUAAGUUAGCU